CCACUACAGCAAGAGAGGCUCAAUUUCUCUGCAGAAGCUCAGGACUAGAUUGUCUCUGAUAGUUUUCAAAGAAGCUUUCCCUUCCUCUCCUCCGCUAGAGGCUCAGUCCCUGUACUGCUAGUUCACUGUAGGAGGCUCUGGUUACCAGCUCUGGUUGCUCUUGUCCUGGUUGUUCUUGUUCUUGUUUCAAGAUGAGUAGGGUAUCAGUACAGCAGUUACUGAGACCAACGGAUACCUGCCUAUUCAUGAUCCGGGGUAAGCUCCUGGGGGUUAAUUCAAAUGAGGAGAGAGUCAUUGGUAUAGUUAAACACGAGGGGACAGCAGAACACGCUCUGUUUGUGUUUCAGGUGGAUCAUUUGGGUAGUUUAUCCAUACACAUGUUGCUCCCGAUAUACGGUAUGUUCACUUCUGUGUUCCGUUCCUCCACUCCAGCUGGCUGUCAUGUGGAGAUCAACUUUCAUGGAGAGACCUACGUGUUCCUGUUACCUUAUGAUACUCAUACAGCACUCUUCUUCAGUCAAUUGACACUAGCUAAAGACAAGUAUCUAUCCUCCAUUAAAGCCGGUGUGAGUCCGGUUGAGUUCCAGUGGUUGGACGGGUACCAGAUGUGUCGGACUGGCUGGGACAGGUUCUCUAAACCAAGCACCACCAGCACUCCAGGGGGCGGGGCUGGGGGAGGAGCCAACACUGAAGAAAUACAGUCUGGAUUCCCUGAUAAUUGGCCCUGGGGCCACAUCAUUACUCCCAGACCUGAUGGAAGGACUGACCUAGCCAUGUGUGAGUCAUAUGAGGGGCGUGGUCAGGGGCCCUCCAUUGAUGAGUUUGAUCCGCUGAGGAAUAACACUUCCUCUCUCUCUCCUCCCUCCUGUGUCGUUACCAUGGAAACCUCCACUCCCCAAUCUAUGCCCCGCCUACCAUACGACCCCCCAGUCCCCCCUGGGGCAGACCCCAGAGGGCCUCCCUUGCUGAUCCCGUUUGACAAACCAGUCAGACCGUGUUUAUCAGAAACUAACAUAUCGCAACUCCAAUUAGAGCACAGGUUGGCCACACCUCUUGGCCUCUCCCCCUUAGCCUCCGCCCAAUCUCAAGAGACUCUUGAUGAUUGCGUAAUCCGCAGACGGAGCGUUAAAGAAUCAACACCUUCACCUGGUAACCUCACACCUCGGUUUUCACGGGAACGACCUCAAGGAUUCCAUUUAAUGCCCAGUCCUUCAUCGGAGAUCACUAAUCCUUUCAAUAAAGAGGGCGUGGCCCAAGAGGAUGAGGUGUGGCGGAGGAAGGAGGUGGAGGAUGAAGCUAAUUUCUUUCUAGUGAACAGUUUCUCUGAACUGGAGAUGACCCCAACAGCUCAUCCUGAUAGGAAGGGCAGUGGAUCCUCCAUUAAAAGGACAGCCUCUCUUGAUGACCUUGAUGAACGGAGACCAGUUGAUUCUUAUGAAGUCCUGGACUACAAGCAAAGAAGGAUGAGACAGGGCGGCUCUAUAGCUUCAUCUACUGCUAAUACCAUUGGGGGCGGGGUAGAGACACGCCCACUUCCUGUACCGGCCAGUGUACCAAAGAACAUGUCCCAUCGGUCCCCUCACCACAUAUCAGCUCCUACUGUCACCUCUCAGUCUAUCUCCAGUCCACAGACUAAGAGCAACAAGUUUCACGGGAAGAAGUCCAAGUCUCCUGGUGCUGCUCCAGUGGAUGGUAACAGUAAGUGGGUCUCCAGAUAUCACCCUGGGGUCCUCCUCCUGAAAGGAUCCAUGAGAGACUGUUUGAUACAAAGGGAACUACACGAGAGAGAGAAUGACUUCUGUGUCAGGGAACCAUUGACUUUAUUUUGUGGUACUUGGAAUGUCAAUGGACAGUAUCCUAUACAGAGGGUGGACAAGUGGCUUGUGUAUCAGGAAACAAUACCAGACAUAUUUGCUAUCGGUUUUCAAGAGUUGGAUCUCAGUCCUGAGGCGUUGCUAAGGAAUGAAACCAGUCGAGAGGAGCCAUGGAUUGAUCUGGUGGAGUCAUCUCUUAAAAUGGCCGGGAAAUUCAAAAAAAUAUCAGUGGUGAGGUUGGUAGGUAUACUAUUGUUAGUGUAUGUGAAGGAGGAGCUGGUCCCUCAUGUCUCCAGUGUGGACUAUAACUAUGUACCUUGUGGACUGGUAGGAGGACACUUUGGUAAUAAAGGAGGUGUGGCUAUCAGAUUCAACAUAUACCAUUCCUCAGUAUGUAUAGUAAACACUCACUUGGCAGCACACAUUGAUGAGGUGGAGAAAAGGAACCAGAAUUAUCACGAUAUUUAUGAUAAGAUCAGUUUCUUUAAAGACUCGGAACUUUCUUAUAGAAUAAUGGAUCAUAAUUUCAUCAUAUGGAUGGGUGAUCUUAACUAUCGUAUCCAAACUUCAGUUGAUUUCAGUACUGAGAUCAUAAAGGCACUGGCUGAUCUCUACCAGUUCAAUAAGUUGCUUCAGCACGAUCAGCUCCAGCAGCAGCAGAGAAGAGGAGAAGCGUUCACUCACUUUAAAGAACCUCCCAUUGAUUUCAAACCAACGUACAAGUUUGACCCGUCCACUAACAGUUGGGACUCAUCAGAGAAGAACAGAGCCCCUGCCUGGUGUGACAGGAUUCUCUAUUAUUGUGAUGAUAUGAGUCACAUUAAGAACCUCUCCUACCUCUCUCACCCGGAGAUGAUCAUCAGUGACCAUAAACCAGUCAGUGCCACCUUUGAACUCCAGGUCAGUUAACAAUAUCAUGUUCAUGUAAUUUACCCAAAAAAUUUACAUGUACUGUAUAGCCAAUAAUUAAUGAUUUUGGUAUUUUAAAAUUAAAUCCACCAUUUUGGACCAUACACAUGCUAAUGGCACAUGGACUCAAGUUGGAAACUGUUAAUUGCUGU